AGAGGUGCUGUAGCAGCAUCGCACAUUUCACCAGCAGCAAUAAGAAGAUUUAAGAGAUUUAAUUUUCACAUCGACACUUUUUCACUGAGGCAAAAUGCCUCGUUUCGCUCAGCUGGUGAUGGGCCCGGCGGGCAGCGGGAAGAGUACCUACUGCUCCACCAUGAUCCAGCAUUCAGAGCAAAUCAACCGCUCAGUUCAGGUUGUCAACCUGGACCCAGCAGCCGAGCACUUUGACUACCCUGUCAUGGCAGACAUCCGAGAGCUCAUCCAGGUGGAUGACGUGAUGGAGGACGACUCUCUCAGAUUUGGCCCCAACGGCGGCCUCGUCUUCUGCAUGGAGUACUUCGCCAACAACUUCGACUGGCUGGAGGAGAGCUUGGGUCAUGUGGAAGACGACUACAUAUUGUUUGACUGCCCAGGUCAGAUUGAACUGUACACACACCUCCCUGUGAUGAAGCAGCUGGUGGAGCAGCUACAGCAGUGGGAGUUUCGGGUGUGCGGAGUCUUUCUGGUCGACUCCCAGUUCAUGGUGGAGUCUUUUAAAUUCAUCUCUGGAGUCAUGGCUGCCCUGAGUGCCAUGGUGUUAUUGGAGAUUCCUCAAAUAAAUAUAAUGACUAAAAUGGACCUGCUCAGUCCAAAGGCAAAGAAGGAAAUUGAAAAAUAUCUGGACCCAGAUAUGUACUCGAUGAUGGAAGACUCCCCCGAUUCCAUCAGGAGCAAAAAGUUCAAGAAGCUGACUGAAGCCAUCUGUGGCCUGAUUGAUGACUACAGUAUGGUGAGGUUCCUGCCUUUUGACCGCACAGACGAGGAAGGUAUUAACAUGGUGCUGCAAAACAUCGACUUCUCGAUACAGUACGGAGAGGACCUGGAGCUCAAGGAGCCAAGGGAGGCUGACGAGGAGCCGUCUAACCUAAACUUUGAUGAGAUAUUUCAAGGCAAAGGAGACAGCUGAAGAGAAACGCCACUCCAGAGAAGACGGAGUGUUUGUGCCAUAUCGAAGAAAAUAAUAAUUCUGAGAUUUUGUGAAUAAUGUUGUAAAAUGUAGUGUACAGUAUAGAGAAUAAAAUCAUGAUUUCUGCAAGUGGAUCUUUUUCUCGUAAUAUUAUGACUUUAUUCUCUAAAUCUCAGAUUUAUAAUACAGAAAAGAUCUUGGAGGCUGAUGAUCAAGCCCAAGCGGAGAAUGUGGACAUGUGACUGCAAAGCACACAGAAAAUGUACAAAAGACUGAAUGCAAAAAGGACAAAUAUCUUCUGUCAUAUAUAUUUAAAAGGGUUUUGUGUUUGUGAACCACUUCGAUGACUCUAGGAAAGUGUGAUUUGAAUCCACUGAUGUUGUUUCAGGACGAUGCUGAAGUUUGAAGAGUUGUCAAAUAUGUUUAUAUUUUGGAAUAAAAUACUGCAUCAAGUAUACAA